AUGUUUCUUCACUCCGGAGCAAGUCUACAUGGUCACGAAUAUUCGAUUAAGAGAUCGACGUCUGCGCCAUUACAGCCUCCUCGAAGUCUUCCGAUACUGAAGUCUGCCCUGCGGCAGCUACCCUCUCCUUCGGAGUCGAGCGAGUCUGGCUAUUGUGCCUCAUUGUACGCACAAGACCUACAUGCCUCGCGCAGAGCAUCGACCGACGAGGUCCACGAACCCCAAUCAUUAGUAUUGCGGCAGCGCGCAGUUUCCAAUAGCUACCCUAGCAAAGACCUUGCUGUACGAUUUCGCGAGCCCCGAAAGGAUCAGAUACAUACAUCGUCUGCGAGUGAGGGUGAAGAUUCCAUAGCUGGGCCAGAGCUCCUAGAUGGCUGCGCCGACGCGCCCAUGCGCCGUAAGAAGCGCAGACGUCUGCAUCGCAAAUCGACCAGGUAUGCUCUCGCCCAACCAGCGCCGCAGCUUCGUACCAAACAGAGACGACUUGUUCAAAUCCGACCUCGGUUGCUGUUACAACUCCAAGAAAUUGGCGACAAACGAGCCAUCCCCGCCUUUGACUUGAUUCCAUCUCAGCCGGUGGCGGGAGCUUUGAUAAUUCCUAAACUCUCAAAAAGAUUUCCCCGCAUGUUCCACGCAAAUGCCGAGCUGAGCCAGAACGAUGUUCUGCUGGUUCGUAGCGAAGAUUAUGGUUCAACAUCAGGGAAGGCGUCGUUGAACUCGGAUGAAGACAGGCGGAGUCUACACGGCAGAGACAUCUGCGCUGUCAUUAGUGCCCUACCAGAAGAUUGCGAGAGCUCAGCGGAGAUUGUGCUUGAAGACGGCGUCCCGUGGUAUGCUUCGCCUAUGGCUAAUGGUUCCUAUGAAUUCACCAGAACAGAUGACGAUGGCCAGAAAACUACUGCUCGCUGGGUCCGACGAUCCAAUGUUUCUACCCGCAAUAAUGGCAUUGCCCCAUUUGACCCUUCUUCUUCAGCCCGACCUAGCGUUCAUGAUUCCUCGCCUGACUUGAGAUGGACAUUCAGCAUUAUAGACCCUUCGUCGAGGAGGCACCCCGUAAUGGGCAGCCUGACGUCGGAGACCGCCGAGGUGUAUGAUCAUUAUACGACCUUGUCGGCUUCCAGUGGUGGGUCUCCGCCAACCCGUCCAUUCGGGCCUGAAAUGGAUGGCCUGGACCGGAGCCCGUCCCCUUCAGGGUUCAGUCCAGAAUCGAGAGCAACACUGGAAGUGCUCCCCGAGCAGAAGGUGUUGAUGGUUGCUACUGCGAGUUGGAUUCGACUUCAUCAGCAAGGUUGGCCUGCCUCGGCGAACCCAAAAUUUGCGAAAUCCAUACCAUCCCACGGCCGGUCUGCAAGCGCAAACAUGUGUUCUACAUCACGACGACGAACUUUCCCAUCCUACGACGGAGACAACUCUCGUGCGACGAGCCCAACAAACCUGUCGCGGCCAUCGGACAGCGCCCAUGGCCCACGGCUGUCAAGACGCCCGUAUGUCCAAAGGAUGCCAGCGAGAGCCAUGUCCACCGGAAGAGCCUUUAUGAAACGAAGGAGUGACCGGAUGGGGGACCUGGUAAAAGUAUACAGUCAAGCGCCGUCAAGAGGGGUCGGCGACACAGAGAAACUAAGCACACAGCAGGAAGAAAAGAUGGGUUGCCUGAGCCGAGUUCGGCAGUGGACACACAAGUUGUUCCACAGGAAGCGAGCCUCGGUGAGACGAGGACAACGUACUGGGAAGUGA